AUGGAGGAUUGGACGUCACUUCGAGACGAUGUCUACGAUAUGGCAAAUGGAAUAUACGGAGAUCUUGUGACGACUGAAGAGGCACUUGAAUUGGUUGCCGGAGAGAUUUUGGAAGACGAACGGAUAGGAAGUCAUCCGGAACUCAUGGAACUCGUACUUACACUCAAUCCACGAGCAGAACAUCAAGAUCCGAAGAAAUUGAGUGUGGCGAAGAGUGCUGAGGUUCUGCUCUCAAAAAGUGAUGAAUUGAUGUCAGAAGCCACUCAAAGAAGUGAUCCACUCCUUGGGAAAUCUCGUUUUUUCGCAGUCGCUGCCAGACCGAUAUCACCGAAGAAAUCAAAAGAGAAAUUGGAUUGGUUGGAUGCAAUUGAUGCGGCACUCGAAUUGGGGUGUACCAUGAUGCCCAUUGCUAUCAAACUCUCCGACCACGACACCCUGCUUCGCGACGUGGUCCGUCUGGGUUCAAACUACAAACAAGGCAAAAAGAUUCUAAGUUUCGCGAAACAACUCAACAUCGACACGCCCAUCGCAACGGCUCUUUCAUAUUGCGCCCUGGCGGCUCUCCGAUCGAACGACGCCGUCUAUUUGAGUAAAUACAUUGGGGAAGUGAUGAAAGCCAAAGGAGUUCCAGUCGUUCAUCAAUUAUGUAUGAAGAUAAUGGAGUCACCUCACGUGCCGACAGAUAUGGAAGACGUCUACUCGUGUGCAAUCAAUAAUUGCUCCGAGGAGAAUCUUCUGGAGACAAUCAACGCCAUUUCGGGAAGUGAGAAACGACUGGAUUCCGGGAGACGUGUCAGAGAAUUCCGUUUAGAAGACGUGCCGAUUUCAGAAGACGUUGUGGGGGAUCCUAUGUAUACACCACUGAAAUUAUAUAAUCCAAAAAAAGAGGCCACUGAUGAUGUCAGACAGAAAUUGACCUACUUUGAGAGUUAUGGAAAACGAGAUACGGAAGUUUUUAAGCGGCUAAUUGCACAUGAAUCGUCGACGAUUGCUUUAUGGUUUUCACUUUUUGAAAAGAAAAAUUCUGGAGAAAAUUCAGAAUCUGGAGCCCAGGAUUCUGAAUCCCCCCAGGAUUCAUGGACCAAAAACGACAAACUGAAACGAUACGAGAGGGGACUCCGAUUCUUCGAAAACCGUAUCCCGCUACCGGUCCUUAUCACGGCGCCAGCAUCGUCUAUAAUAAAAGAGGCGAAUCGAGGUGAUGCGUCGAUUACGGCGGUCGAUAGGAUUGAGGAUUACGGUUGCGACAAGAGUCGAUUCAUCGGAGACGCCCAAUACCGUACCGAAACAAUCAUCGGUCUCGCUGGCACAGAAAACGAGCAAAUCUUCGCCGACGCGUUGGAACUCGCCUCGAAAUACGGAAUCGACGAGUGGCAAUUGCAUAUGGCAUCACUCGAAUACUUAUUGGAUCCAUCUUAUAAUGUAUCUCGAAACGAUGUGAAAACAAUUAUGAAAAGUCGAAAACAUUUAUCGAAAUUGCGCGGGAAACCAGAAGAAUUCCAUUCGAGACUCCGAACAAUGGUCCUGCCGACACUGGAGACAAAUGAACAAUUUCUCGCCUAUACCUCACUUUUCGCUGAAAAUGAGCCGGAGAAACGGGCGGCUGAAACUCUGAAAGAGAUCGUUUCGAAGCGGAAGAAUACGGAGGCGAUUCGGAUGUGGACUGAUCUGAAAUAUCUCUCGUCGAUUAUCAAUACAAUUCCAGAUGGAAAACUCAGAACAUUCAUCCCCACUUUUCUUUUAAUUCCAAGAAUCGGUGUGAAAGCGUGUGAACUUUCCGCUGAGUUUCUGUUGGAUGGUGAUGAGACACGACCGCCUUCAAAUCCGUUUAUUGUUUUUCUUUUGAUGAGAAGUAAUGUUGAGGAGUUUUUGGAUUUGGUCGCUAAUAAGAAAUCGAGAGACGACGAGAUCGCCUACUUGGAUCGUGCCGUUCUCCUACUCGAAAACACUCCAAAAGUUCCCGAAAAUCUGAAAGAAGCCGUCAAAACGAGAGUCGAAAGAAUGCACAGAGCUACAGUAACCCCACCACCGGAGACUCCAACAGCGUCGAAUCCAUCUGGAUUCUCGUCGUUCUUCUCGAAUUCUGAUGAUAAUACGGGAAUGAUGAAGAGAAGAAAAAAUUAA